AUGAGUCAAGUGAAUGGAAAACUGUCGAGCCGUGUCAUGAACAUGAAGUUCAUGAAGUUUUCCCAACCAAAUAGUGACAUUGGGGACGGCAAACCGGUGACCGACGAGACUAAGAAAUCUGCCGUACCAGAUAACUCUCAAUGGGACUUAAAUAGCCUCCAAAGUGCUGGAAAAGCCAAGAAGAACAAGCGGAAAGUCAUAAUCAAGAAGAAGAGAGUCAAUGUACGAAGCGGUGUAAGUAUAACGGACGUAAAGAGGGAUUCCGACCAGGUUGUCCGCGGUAGAAGAGUCAUUGGAGAGCCUCCAGAAGAUUUACAGGCCAAAAGACCUAGAGAAGAUACAGAAGAAGACGAUUACGAUCUAGAUAAGUUACUUAAACAGGUCAAAACCCCGCGUUGA